AUGUCCUAUGACGGCUACAACCAGUACUCUCCUUAUUGGCAGCAAACGGCAGGGCAUACCCCCCUUCAGAACGCUGGUCAAAAUGUUGGGCAACCAGGAAACUCCUUCCAACCGCUGAGUGCUUAUCAGAAUAAUCAGCAACCUUCACAGUCUUCCGUUGCUCAACCAGCUGGGAAUUCUUCUGGUGCAUACGAUAGCCAAGGAUAUGGGAACAUGAACACGAACAUGGACGGAGCCGGAAAUGGGCGGCUUCAAGGCUUUAGGGCGGGCUAUACCAAUGCGAACGAUCGUGCGUCAAUUGACGGGGCGACGGCUCUGGGCAAUCUUGCGUAUGCGUCAAGUCUGGGACGGGAUAGCGCAAUACAGCAGGUGGCCAAUAACAACCGGCAGCAAAGUAACGCAAAUUACGGCACUGCGAGUCCUUAUGGAGUCGGCUCUGCUCCAAAGAUACAGUAUCGGACCGGCGAUGAGCGGAGAGACAGUCGUGGCUCUUCAAGAGAGGAGAAUACAAGAUCGCAACAAGCUACGGCUUCUCCUUCCUUCGGUUAUAGUACGAACAAUGUUGCGUAUCACGGGUCAAGUGCCGGCAGCAAUACGCAAGCUCAACCACAAUUCUCGCAACAAUCACGAUCCUCUACUGAGCAGCUCAGAAAUCAAUACUCUCAACCAUCACGACCGCUCAGUGGCCAAGCAAUGCAGCAAUCCCAUUCAGUGUCAGGCUCUCAAGCCGCACCUUCACCUACGCUACCGGCCACUCAAAGUACGCCAAAUCAAGCUCAAGUGAGCAAGAGUAGUGGCAGCGUACGUGGGAAAGAACAGACCAGAGUGCACACCCCGCAGACUGACAAGCGACAAUCAUCUUCUCAAGUUUCCAAAGGACCGACUCAAAAACCGCAAGUUCCACAAGCUACUGCAAAUCCGCCAGUAGAAAGUGCCACCAAGGAAAAGGCAGCGGCAUAUGCAUCAACCAAGGAAACGGCGGCAAAGCGAAUCAACGAAGUUCGUCAGUCCCCUGCCAUAGAUACAAGGCGUGACCAAGCUAGCACGCCUGCAACGCCUGCGGCACCACAGUACACUACCGUUGAUCCCUCUCAAGUCUUCAAUCAUUUUGAGUACUCACGGCGGCAAGCUGCUGCUGCUGUGGAGGCUGCAGCCGCCAAACAAGCUGCAGAGGAAGCGGAGGCUGCAAGAUUUGCUGCGACACAACCCAAGCCAGCUACACCACAGAUCGAUGGGACCGAACCAGAUUCAGCCAAGAAGGAUCAGAUGGAGUUGGAGAUGAAGCAGAUGAUCGAGAAAAUGCGCGAUUACAAGGCUAAAGAUCCUUCACUGUUCACGCAAAUCUGGGAGCAAGUGAAAAAGAGCCAGCCUCCUCAACGCGCUCCUUCACAAUCGCUUCAAGGCUCGGCUACAUCGCCCAUAGUGGUAAAUGGCCAAUUGCCCAGUCCUAGUCUGAUGCAGAGUCAACUUCCACCUGAAUCUGACUUACCGGAGGGCGAUGAGUUCCCCCCAGGCUUUGAUCGAGGGCGUUUCCCUGCCCAGCGUCGGAGACGAGGCGGUAGUAUGAAAGUUCCUACAAGCAGAAAAUCGGUCACGCCAAAAGGCUCCACUGAGCCGGCUGCUGGGAAUCACUUUGUUGGAAAUCACGAGAGUCCGGUACCACCAGAGAUUGCCAUUCCCACGCCAAAAGUUGGUCAGAUAUUUCCAGAUCCUGGAAGUCAGUCAAUGCAGCAGGCCAUGCAACAAUUCCAGCAGAACUCCAAGUCACCUGUGGUCAAAGCCCAGCAAACACCAGGGUUCAGUACGCAAGCUACGACGAAAACUUCGACACGCCCAACAAAGGUAACAGCGUUGACAGCGCCCCCUUCUCAACCUGUGCCAGCUCAACCAGCGCCGCCUCCGAAGCCCGGAGGGACGUAUUGGCCUGAGAGCAAGAAGAAAUCUUUGGCGGAAGCUGCACGAAUUGCUUUGACAUCAGCACCCCCCAACCAGGGGAAACCCAUAACUACCCAGGAGAUUCAUGAGCUUCUGGACCAGAACCCCAGCUAUAAUCAAAUGUGUGAGAUACUUGAGUAUAGAGGCUUUGUCAUCGAUCGGGGUCAAUUCGCUCGCGUCUUGCUGAAGGCUGUUCCUGACCUAGGAUCUGCCUCUACUUCAGCUAAUGCUGCGUCGUCCAGUACCGCCAGUGCUACUCGUGCCACGCCGACUAAUACUACCCCCACUGUUACUGCUUCAAAUGAUAAUACCGAUACCACUACCACCAAAGCUACCUCAGCUACGCCUACUGCAGGUUCUAUCGCAAACAUCGUCAAAGCGACUUCUAACGAAUCAGCAGCUCAAACGAACAAACCCCAGCCCCUGCCAUAUUCUGUACCUCCAGCGGCAGCUUUUCAGGCUCGGAAUGGGUACGCUACUCCUUACGCUCCUACCCCUCCAAACCCCGAGCAAGCCAGCGAAGGAAAUCGAAGUAAUGGAUUUGCCCGAGACUAUCGCUUUGUUAAUCCUGCAUCUUGGACAAUAAAUGAGCCACGCCAUUUUCCUAGUGUCCCAGCUCAAGGUCGCCCGAACGAACCAGCGUUGCACUCCCACCUACCGUUCUCACAUUAUCAGCAACCAGGACCGAUCAAUGGGCAAGUCUUAGAUCAGAACGGAGCGAUUCAUCCAAACGGCUUCGUCCAUCAUCAUCCGACUAAACGAGAGAUGGCUCGAAAGAGAAGUUUUGGAGAAAUCGUCGAUCUGACGCAAAUGCUAUCAGACGACGAAGAGCUCGAGCGCCAUAAACAGAAACCUCGAAUUGAUAAUGAGGUUGCAUCAGGUACCGACAAGUCCGUCAAAAACAUCUUCAAUCUUGUCGCUCAGCGGCAACAAAAUAUUGGUAGAACUACGCCAAAGCCUUUCAAGUACAAGUACUCCGGACGAGAUGCUUUGCUACAAUCCUAUGAUAUCGUAGAGCCCAUCUACAAGCGACGGGAUGCUUUACGACGCUCUACCUACAACCCCAAAACAAUAGCCAGAGAUUUUUUACUUAGUCUUGGAAAACACCCGACCAUGGCUCCACUCAAUGCACAUCUUGAUGGAUUGAGGGAAAGAUUUAAAGCUGUUGACUAUGAGUCGGAUCUAAGUACAUUCAGAUGGGAUCUUGUAGAUCCUGAAGGCGAGGCUAACGCAGAAACUUUUGAUACGGAUGACGAGGUAGUCCCCGCUGUAGCUGUCACCCGUCAACGUCCAGCUCCAUUGGCCGUGAUGGUUGCCGGUGAUGGCGGGGAUAAAGUCAAGGACGAUCAGGCUCAUUCUCGCACGCUUGAUCCCAAGGGGAAACCGUAUAAGAGAGGACCAUAUAAGAAAUCAGGCAUCCGAUCCGGAAUACAACCAAUUGGUUCUGCGGAUACACCACAACGACAGUCAUCCGAAGGCCCACCUCGUGCUCAAAACGUGGGCAGUAUGAUGAACACCAAUACGGCAGACUUGUCUCGAUUUGCGUAUAACAGCCCCUCCACAGCGCAGACGGAUUUGACAACGUUAAACGCAUCAAGCUCGAGUACUCCCGGUAGCGUAACCAAGCGUAAAGGGCGACCGCCUGGCGCGAAGAAUAAGCAGGUUCGCCCCGACAAGGGGAUACCGAAGAAGACCAAGACUCUCAUCGUGGGUCAAACACCUUCGGCAGCAAAAGCAAAAACAUCAGACAAAGAGAUAGUAGGCAACACACCUCCAGUUGGAAGUUUCUCAGUUGGAAAGCCGAGCGCUCCAAUUCCCACAGCCACACCGUCUACGCCAAGCGGUCUUAGACAUUCCAUAAGUGUCAUGACGCCAACAGAUGGUAUCGCUGUCGUCAUUCCAUCUCGCUCGCCAAGUGUUGUCAUUGUUACUCCUCAGGCUUCUGCGAAAAAAGGCGAAACGAAAAAGGCAGAGGAUCUUUCUAACGGUACGCGUUCUUCUGCGCCUUCAUACACCAUGUAUCGAUGUCGUUGGGAGAAUUGUCCCGCAGAAUUACAUAGUCUCGAGACCUUGAAAAAGCACGUCAGGAAACACCGCCGAGCUAUAGAUGACGUCUACCCAUGUUUAUGGGCUGACUGCUCCGAUAGCAGCAACCCCAUAUCAAAUAACACGCAGACUGAAGACGGCCAGCAUAGGCGUUUGAAGUUCAAGACAGAUGAGGAAUGGGUCAAGCACGUAGGGAACAACCACUUGAGGACUAAAUGGGAACUUCUGCAGGAAGCUAGUGUGAAACUUUCUGAUGUCGAGUCUUCUGAUCGCUUGAGCGAAAACAAAAUCCACGAUCGACAAGCAACAUCUGAAGCCAAGGGCCCUGCUGUGCCUGUCUCGCCCGUCCAGGACGACAACGAGCUUGAUAAAAUGCGGGCAGAGUUCAACGCACACUGA